AUGAUUGCAUCAACUUUCUGCAAUAAUCAGAAGAAUAAAAAUAAAAAUAUGAGAUUAAAAUUUGAUGAUUGUUUCGAAAAUAAUAAUAAUAAUGAUAAUAAUUUGUUAUUAUUUUUAAAAAAUCAACAACAACAACAACAAAGUAAUAAAGUGUAUAGAACAAAAAAGUGUGAACAACAAAAUAUUGCAAAAAAAAAAUUAUCAUUAAUGAACACGAUUACCAAUAGUGAGAAUAAUUAUCGUUUGAAAUAUUAUCGACAUAUGAACUAUUGGUCAUCAAAUAAAAAAUUUUGGAUUACAUAUGAAAAUCCAAUAUUUCAUGAUGUUUCAUCGUAUAAUAUAUUUUUUGAAUUAAUGAAGUGUCUAAUUCGUAAUAGUAAAUAUAAUUCAGGUUUGAAUGGAGUUUUACGUUAUAUAAGUGACUUACACGGAAACUUAAAAGUAGAACAAGUGACAAAGUCUAGAAGUUUUGAUAAAGUCUUAUAUGGUGGUAAUAUAGAUGAAGAUGAAUCCAACCAGCGUCUAACAAAAUGUCGUGAAACAUUUGAUAGAGAUAUUCAUUCACCAGCUGAUUCAACUGACAGUGGAAUUCAAAUGGCAUUUAAUGACGAUAACGAAUCAAAACCACGAGCACAAUUAUUACGAAAUGAUGAAUCUUUAGCUUUACCCAAAGGUUGGGAACGUUUUGAAGACGACGAAGGUGUUUAUUACUGGCAAAAACGAACAGGUCUGGUAACACGAACGCCGCCCGAUGCCACGUUUACUCAGUCACCAACACCCACAUUAUCCUCAUCAUCAUCAAACGAAACAUGCUUUGAGACUGGAUCAUUGUUAUAUGAAAGCCAAUCGAAUUUAUCAACGAAGAAGACUGACGAUGAAAAUGAUAGUAAAACGUUGUUGACAUCUGCCACGAACGAAGAAGGAGAAGUGCAACAACAACAACAACAACAUCGAUUUUAUGUACGAUCAUUAGGAUGGACAAAAAUAGCUGAAGAAGAGUUAACCACUGAGCGGAGUAGUCGCGCAGUGAAUAAAUGUAUAUAUGAGUUGACAAGGGGUAUUAACGAUGCCAUUGGACGAUGGGGAGAAGGAAAAGAUCUUUAUAUGGAUAUUAAUAAAACCGAUUUGUUAUUAAUUGAUCCAACGGAAAUGACCAUAUUACAUAAACAAGCAAUCCCAUCGAUAAGAGUGUGGGGAGUAGGACGAGAGAAUUCAAGAGAUUUUGCCUACGUUGCAAAAGAUAAAGGAACACGAAUUUAUAUGUGUCAUGUAUUUCGUUGUGAUAAUAUUCCUGCUCGAACAAUUGCAAAUACAUUACGUGAUAUAUGUCGAAAUUUAAUGAUUGAACGUGGUUUAUUAACUACAACAACGGAAAUUAGUAGUACCGAUGCACAAAAAAGGCCUACAUCAUUUCCAGAAUCUAUACGACAUAAUAUUCAAACCACUGUUUCGUUUCCUACUCCAAUGGAAGAACCUAAAAAAUUAUUACAAUGUACAUAUCUUGGAUGUACCUAUGUGGAUAAACCCGGAGGAAUGGACAUUCUGAGACCGGCAAUAGAUAAAGUAGCAACAACGGUACCAAAAGAAAAAUGGCUGGUUGUAAAUGUAAAUGUAUCACCAUCAACUAUCACAAUCUGUCAUGAUAAUGAAAAUAAUGAACAAAUUUUUGAAUGUCGUAUCAGAUAUUUAUCGUUUAUGGGAGCUGGAAUGGAUCCAAAAUGUUUUGGUAUUAUUAUACAUUGUGCCGAUAAUACAUUUAAGUGUCAUGUUUUUCAAUGUGAACCAUCGUGUGCUCAGUUGUGUAAGACAAUUGAAGCAGCUUGUAAAUUACGUUAUCAAAAAUGUAUAGAUGCUCAUCCACAAGCCGCAAAACAAAUUGAACAAACAAAGUCGUCACGAAAUGAAUCUCCCGAAUUGUCGGCACCAUUCAUGAAAAGUCUUCAUAAUGCUACUAAACCUGAACAAACGUUAUACGCAACGUAUGCUCAAACAUUAGCCGAAACAGAAAUUACACAAGAUUGGAAUUCAUGGAUCGAAACAAUGGCAAUUAAUUGUCGAAAUUGUUGUUCUGAAGCAGAAAUUAUCGGUCCACAAGUAUAUCGUACAACAAAGUUUAGUCAAUCAGAUCGUACACUUCGAUUAUUACAAAAAGAACGUGAUAGUUGGAUAUUAUGGUCACGUGCACGUGAUACACUAAAUAAUACUCAACAUGAUUUACCUAAUGUGAUUCCAAAUAGUAGUGAUCGAUUAAUUGUCGAACAUCAUCUAUUAUUAAAUCCUCAUAUGCGUAUGGCAAAAGCUGUACUAUCAUGGUUACAUUCAACAAAAUUAGAUGAACAAUAUCAAACAUCAUUAAAAAUGUCAAUGUCCAAAUUAGAACCAAAGCGAUUUUAUUGGGAAAAAACGAGACAUUUUUUAAAGGCAUCGUAUAAUGAGAAUACAUCAAAUCCCUAUGUUACUGCCUUAGAUUUUGAUGCACCACAUAAGCAAAAACGUCGUCUAUGCGAUAAUGAUGAACAAGAAGAAAAUGAUCUAUUACAAAUUGUAUUUUGGUUAUUAAGAGUUGGAGAAUAUUCAAAAGCUAAAAAUUUGUGUAAAUCGACUGGAUAUCAUUGGUUAGCAGCCAUAUUAUGUGCAAAUGAAUUAUAUCAUGAUGAAAAUUAUUAUUGUUCAGAAUCAUCAAAAAUUAUUUAUCCUGUUGAAGGUAAUCAACGGCGAAUACAAUGGAUUGAAACAAUGUAUCAAUUAUGUGCAGAUGUACGAUUGAAAUUAUAUGAACGUGCCAUCUAUGGUUUAUUAUGUGGUCGUAUUGAUGCAAUAUUACCCGUUUGUAAAACAUAUGAAGAUUAUUUAUGGGCUUAUAUUUCAUGUUAUAUUGAACAAGAAAUACAUUAUAUUUUAGUAACUGCUCAUCAACAUGAAUUAACUGAUGAUGAAAAACGUCGUAUUCUUGAUACAACAUCAUGUUUAUCAAUUACCAUGAUAUUCGAUGAAAUAUUAUCAAAUUCUCCAAAAUCUAUUCAAAAUGAAUCAUUAACACAAUUUAAUCAAAUUCAAAAGUUUAUUAUUCUUGAUGAUUAUGAUCAAUUGUUACAAACUAUCUUAACUAUUAUACGUACAAAUAAUUAUGAUGGAUCAUUAUUAAGAUUUGCUACACAUGUUUGCUUAUUUUUAUUUGAUCAUUCUAAAGAACGUACAACAUUUGAUCAGAAAUGGAUAUCAGAAAUAAUUGGCGCAUAUAUUCAUCAUCUUAUCGAAUUAGCAUUGAAAGAUUUUGUCUGUUAUUAUAUAUCAAAAUUACCAACAAAUAUUCAAAUAACAACUAUGGCUGCAUUUUUGGAUACAUUAAUGAAUCGAAAUGAAAAAGAAUAUUAUUUAAAACAAGCGUUUACAUUUAAAAUUGAUAUUGAUGCAUCAUUAAUCAUCUUAGCAAAUAAAUAUCGACAACAAACAUUUAUUCAACAAACACUCGAUUAUUCUACUUACAAUAAUAAUGAUAAUGAAUGUAUUAUAUCAGCAAGUUCAAUUCAACUAGAUGAAAAUGAUUUAAAACAACUUGAAGUAUUAAAAUUAUUAACAACAUUUUUAUCUGUACAAACAUUAGAAGGUUUAAGAUAUUCAAAUCGAAUAUGUCGUUCUUAUCUAAAUGAAACAAAAUAUGAUGGUAUUCGAACUGCAUUAUCUUAUUUUCCACAUGAUAUUCAUUUGAUGGAUACUAUAAAUAACGUUCACCAAAAAUCAUCUGACGAUAUUCGAGAGUUUAAAUCAUUUGGAACAUUUAUCACUGCUCUCGAAGCGAUUAAUCGUUGGUCAGAACUACAUCAAAAACAACAAGUGCGAAAUGAAUCUUUAUCAAUUGAUUUGACAAUGGAUGACGAUGACGAUAAUAAUGCACUUGAUAGAUCCUAUUUAAAUAUAGUUGUUAAGGCAUGUUAUGAUGUAUUAGAUUUUUCACAAGGAUUUAUGAAUGAUAUUCAAACUGAUAGUCAUAACGAUGAAAGUCGAACAAAUGAAAUGUUAAUAUUACGUCAGAAAUGUGUAUCAAUGAUAGCGUGUACACUAUUUCGUAUAUUUGAUUUAAGUAAAGAACAUCGACAAUCAACUCAAUUACUCAUGUUUUUAUCUGAUGGUAAUAAGAAAUUGUAUUCGUUAUUUCCAAAAGAAGCGCUUACAUCCAUCCUGUUAUUUACUGAACGUGCAUCUGAAUUAUGUCUAAACAAAUACAAUGAAACAAUUAGCUUUGAAUAA